AUGCCAUACCCCUCGAAACAAGAAAUCAUCAAACUAUUCCAAAACCUCGAAGCGUUCCCCGAGGGCCAUGAGUGCUUUUUCUCAAGGACAAUCGAGCGCUGCAGCUGGACCAUCACCGGCCAGCAUCCAUUCUCGGGACAUUGGACUUCGACACAGUCCUUCCUCCAGGCCGUGUGGUGGCCCAAUACGAAUCUGAUGGCCUCACCCGGUCCCACCUUUAUACUUCCGGAGGGACAUGAGAGCGUCAUUUACAAUGACCAGGGAGAAGCAGCUGUUGAGCUACGGACUAUUCGUACGGUUGUUAAGCAACAUGGGCGGGAGUAUAAUCAGCACUAUUCUUGGCACUGCAGGUUCAAUGAGGAUGGGUUGUUGGUCAGCGUGAAGAUUUUCCUGGAUUCGAUCCAUGCGAAGGAGGUUCUGUUGAUAUAA